AUGCUGUGUGCCCCAGACUGUGAAGAUGAAGAUGAUUCAGAUACUUCUUUUGAUAUGGAGGUGAGCCCAGUUGGGAGCCAAAGCAGUGGUGAUGAGGAUAGCAAGAACGAACUCGACAUUAUUAACCUUCCUGAAACGCCAGAGACCUGCCUGCAGAUGAACCUAGUUUAUCAGGAAGUUAUUGACGAGAAGAUUAAGGAGGUCAAUGUACUGCUUGCCCAAAACAAAGAACAGCAGGAAAAGCUCACCAGGGAGCUUGCUGGACCUAGAGCAGCAAAAUCCAGUGAUUUGAAAGCCAUGCCAACAAACGUGUUCCUGGGCCAUUUUAAGAAGCCAUACUUUAAGGAUAAGACAUCAGGAAUCGGUCCUCCUGCCAACAGUGAUGCCCGAGAAAAGGCAAUGCAAGGCAUAAAAUCUUUUGAGGAUCUGAUCACUGUAAAAUGGAAGAGCCGAGAGAAGCUGUUGCUGGGUCAGUCUGUGGCGAGUGAUCAUUUGCAGCGUCUGCUUCAGCCAAAACUUCUGAAGCUUGACUUUCUGACUGACAAACGGAAAAGGUGCAAGGAUGAAAUGGAAAAGCAGAUCUUGACAAAGCAAAUCCAAGAAGUAGAGCAUGAACUGAAUGACAUCAACCUGCUGCCAGAGGAGGUUUUGCUUGGGAACAGACUGGAUAAGCACGACUGGGACAAGAUUGCCAAUGUCGAUUUUGAGGGAACACGCAGUGCAGAAGAGCUGAAGAAAUACUGGCAGAAUUCUGAACAUCCCAGUAUCAACAAGAAAGAGUGGAGUGAGGAAGAGAUUGAGAAACUCAAAGAAAUUGCUGCCGGACACAAAUGCCUCAACUGGGAAGCGAUAGCCCAGGAGCUGGGGACGCAGCGAACUGCCUUCCAGUGCCUGCAGAAGUUUCAGGCAAAUAACAGAGACUUCAAGAGGAUUGAGUGGGCCCCAGAAGAGGACCAGAUGCUCUCGCAGCUGGUGCAGGAAAUGCGGGUUGGGAGCCACAUCCCCUACCGGAAAAUUGCCUACUACAUGGAGGGGAGGGAUUCUGCUCAGCUGAUCUAUCGAUGGACCAAGCGACUAGAUCCUAACUUGAAGCACGGAUCCUGGACUCCAGAGGAAGAUGCUCUGCUGCUGAAGGCGGUUGCAAAAUAUGGGGAGCGGGACUGGUAUAAAAUUCGAACAGAGGUGCCAGGGAGGAACGACAUUCAGUGCCGAGACAGGUAUCUGCAUGCUCUGCACUAUGAUAUAAAGAAGGGCAAAUGGAGCGAAGAAGAAGAAAAGAAGCUGAUUGAACUAACAGAAAAAUACGGAGUGGGUCACUGGGCAAAAAUUGCUUCAGAGUUGCACCACCGCUCAGGAUCUCAGUGCCUCAGCAAGUGGAAAGUCCUCCUGGGCUAUCGGAAAAACAGGAGGAGGAAGGAGAGCAAUAAACUUUGCCAGAAGCAGAGAGCAGAGUCCAGCAGUGAGGAUUCCAACCUGGAACUGGAGGAAGACAGUACCAAGGAGUCGUCGUCCAAGAACCCCAAGGCGGAAGCCUGGAGAGUGCCCAGCAUAGACCUGUGGAUCCCCACAAGGCAGAAUCCAUCUGGCAUUUCUGAGGAGCUGCCCGCUGUGACGGUGCUCUCAAAAGGCUUUGAUUUGAACAGAAAGCGGAAGCCGGUCAAGGGUGCUCUUCUCGUUGCUGAAAAGAGUCAGGCUCCAGAAGAUCUACAGUCCAGAACAUCUCCAUCAGUUAAUGUUCAGGCAAAGGAGGAAUUAGCUGUGGAAGACACCAGAAUUUCCAGAAGCAAAAAGGACUCAUGGAGGGUUUCUUUGGCGUAUGUGAAAUGUGUGUUGCGGAGAAACAGCUAUGAAUUGCAGAGGAGAAAUAGAGAGAGAAGCAGAAGGAAGCGCUUUGCUUCUACUUCACAGGGGGGUCUUGGGAGAGAUUUCAUCCUCCCGGCCAGAGAGGCUGCCAGCGGCCAGAGAUACCGGAUGUGGAAGAUGACGCUCACCCGGCGGCUGAUGAUGGCAGUGACCCCAUGGGCUGGGAGCAGGGUGCAGGCCUCAGCCCUUCGGGUCAAGAGGGAAGCAUCUCGCAAGUCCAAAGCUGAAUUCAUCCUCAAGCACCUGCAGACGGCCAGUCUCAAAAGUACUCCCUUGUUCACACUUUUCAUUCAGCUGCUGUGUAUUGAUGUUGAUGGCUGCAUGAAAAUAAUCCAGAAGAGGAAGUCCCGGCAUCUGGAGUUCCUGAAGGCUGUUGCUGGGAAUGCAGGAGACACCGAUCAGGCUUCUCCUGCUCAGGAUUCUGCAGGUAUUUGCCCUGUUGUGCUUGAGCUCGAAGCCGAUCUCCUAGGCCGCUAUCACCAAGCUGUGCAUGCCGGGGGGCAGAGGACUGGCUUCCUCAGAGUUUUCCAACCCUUGCUUGGGAAUGCCCAGCUGAGGCUCCAAGUGGGCACCAGUAAGAAGCUUGUCCCUUUGAAGGCCAAGGAGGGCCCCCUUCCUGCUCAUCCCCGGCUGGCUUUUUCACCUCCUCGCCCAACCCCCAAACCCAAAACUGUCUCUGAGCUGCUGAGGGAGAAGAGGCUGCGGGAAUGGAAGGCAAAGAGAGCCCUGCCAAAGAGGGUGAUCCUAGCGCCUCAGCUGUUGCUGCCCUCCUCUGUGAUAAUCCAGCCCCCGGUGGUUCCCCCAACUCAGACAGGGGUCGGUGGCCCUCCUGCGGCUGCAAAUGGCCCACCAUUGCCCUGUCUCUCUCCUGUUGGGGUUUCCACACACCCUGGCCCAUCAGUACAGAGUAACUUGGCAUUGGUACAGAAGCCCAUGAGGGAUGUGAACGCCUCUCGGGCUGAAGCGGCUUCUGCUGGAAGCAAAGAGGAUGGUCGUGGUAAAGCGAGCAGCUUGCAGAAGGAAAGCCAGGGAGUGCCGGCCACUGCCAGUUCUGUCCCUCUAUUGCCAAAGCAGCCCCAUUUGCCUCUCCAGAUCUUGGCAGCAGGACCUUCUGUCCCUCUUGCUUCUCUGAGUCCCACCGGUAUGGAGCCUGGCCCAAAGAAAGCUCCUCUCUCAGCACCAGCUGCCCAUGCCGUGGGGCCAGUUGGCUCUCAGCAGAACCCAGUGAAGUUGGUGCCCCCAUUGAUAGCCCUCCCACCUGGCUCCAGGGAGGUGCCCAAGCAACUCCUUCCCAUAACCUGGCUGCUCACUGCACAGGGCCUCAUUCCGAUGACUGUUGUGAGCCUUCCUAAUCAAGAGAAGCAGCCCUUUGCCACGAGCAGUCUUGGCACUUCUCCAGGCCUCAGCCAUGCCGCAGAGGCCUUUCCCGUUAGUGCCGGCCCAGGGGCAGCUGGCCAGCAAUCGCAAGGGGCCUUUUCCAGCACCCUUCAGAAGAACGGGCAGCUAUACUUGACCCAUUCUUCUGUGCCUCAUGCCCCUGUAGCCUCCACAGAAUUGCAGCUCACCUUGCCCCCAGCUUGCCCCCUGAUGCCUCUUUUGCCCAGCACUUCUGUGGGGAGUGUCCAGCUUAGUGUCCAGAACAGGGCCCAUUUAACCCAGGAACUACAGAACCACGUCGUGAGGGAUUCUCACCAUCCUGCCAUUCCUGAAAGAACCACAGAUUCCCCGGAGAAAGCGCACCCUCCGCCACCUCCGCUGCGUGAAGAGAGGGUCACCCCAGACUAUCGCCUUCUGUCACUGGAGGAUGUAGUGGCAGUGAAGGAGUGGGCCAAGGGGGGCUCGGGCCCAAGGGCUCUAUCGCUGGAAACCAGUCUGCCUUUCCUGCCGCCUUUUCUGUGUAGUCUAAAAACACUCUCAACGCUGCUGCUCAAUAAAGCAGCCCUGGAACAGACUGCAGCGCGACUGGUGGCUCUGGAAGGGCAGCAGGAGGCCAGUCAGCAACUGGAUCUGAAUGCGGUACGGGCAGUGGUGCGCCAGAGGCUCCGAGACAACCCUGCCUACCAGCUUCUGAAAGGCCGCUUCCUAGCAGCCUUCGCCUUUCCAGCUGCUCUUGCAGCGCUGCCUCCUCCUAGGGUGACCACCACGCUCUCUGGGGAAAGGUGGCAGGAAAGCCGCCACAAAGGAAACUCAUCCAUUCCAGCAUCAUCAUCAUCCUCUUUAUCAUCAUCAUCAGAGGAGGAGGAGGAAGAUGACCAUAGAGAAGCUGACAGAGUGGCGGAGAGGCUGGAGGAGCCAGAUACAGACCGGAUUGGCGUGUUGGGGAUUCGGAGAAGUACACGUCUCAGAAGACGGAGAAGGCACCUGUAAGAAGAACAGGAUUUCUUGAGAACCUGUUGGAUAUUUUGCACUAAUUCAUGGCAAGGCCGUAACCUCGCUGAUAGGAAAAGAGA